CUUUGGUUCCUGUUCCAAAAAUGACAAGCCUGGCGAGUAGGCAUGUGCGUACAGCACACGCUAACACAUAAGCGAGAAAAACUUUCCAGCGGAGCCCUCGGGGCGGCUAGUCAGACGAGACGUGGCGAACCACCCAGUUCACUCUCAUUUCUUUUUUUGCCCUCUGCUGGUCUGUCGUAUUCGUUUGCCUUUCGUCUUCAUACAGAAGAUUUGACAUCCAGUGCGGUGAUGCGAACCAGACGCUAAAGCGAUGGAGCUGGAGCUGUGGUGACGGUGGCAGAUGCCCACAUGUCCCUUUUUCCUCCCACCACCUUGUCCAGUCCUUUGAGUGGGAUACGGAGGCAUUCUCAAGCCAGCCAAAAGAUGGGGGAAACUGAAGGACGUCAUCUGACUGUGUACUAACUGGUCCGCGACUCAUGAGAAUCAUGGCCUACGUGUUGUUUGCUGUCAUCCUAUCACUGUUGAUGCCAGGCUGUUUAUCAGGUCACGGCAAUCUUGAAGGAAUCCACUACAUUAAGAGCUUAAACAUUAGUGAAAAUGAAUGUAAAAAGGCGUGUGAUUUACCUUUAAAGAAUAACGAUAAGUGCAACUGGUCUACAUACAUCUCUGGGAUGUGCCUCACACUGUACUGCAAAGAAAAAGAGGACUGUCAGGAUUUAACAUCAGAUGAUAUCAAACAGAUCCAAAUGAAAACCUCUGAUGUGCCAUCUGAAUCAUCACCGUCAUCAACAGAAAAAAACCUUCCUGCAAAAGUCACAGCGUCAAAGAAAACAAAAGUGACAGGCGCCGCUGACUUAGACCCUGAUAAAAAACCUCCACAGCCAACAAGCAAGACAUCCAGCUCUGCGGCCCCAUCUUCUACACCCACAACUCAGUCCACUACUGUCACCAAACUGGCUGCCUCCACCUCUGCCACCCAGGGCCAGCCCACAGUGUUGACCACUUUUUCACCAUCUUCAGACAAGAAGAGUGUUCAAACAACUGAGACUGCAGAGGUGAACAACAAAGUGCAACCUCCUGACAAACCGAAGAAGAAGAUACCCGUAACAUCUACAAGUACGUUUUUACCUGAAGUGAAUCUAACAGAGCCAGCAGCUAAUAAAGGAGAACAAAGCAGAAUCAAAACUCCCCACACUCUGGUGACUACAAUGGAAACAUUAACUACAAAAGAGCAUCACACUACUGUGGCAGUAGUGGAACCAGGGAAGAACCCUGCCACCAAGGAGACGACGGUCACCCCUGCCGCCCCGGAGGCGACAACCAAAACAGCCGCUCCUACCAUCAAGGAGACGACGGCCACCAAGGAGACAACAGCCGCCCCUACCACCAAGGAGACGACGACCAAAAUAGCCGCCCCUACCACCAAGGAGAUGACGACCAAAAUAGCCGCCCCUACCACCAAGGAGCCAACGGCCACUCCAUCUACCAAGAAAACUGUACUUACCACUGAAAAGAUAUUGCCAUCAAUCAUGACUUCGGCUGUACCAAAUAAUUUAAGAACCUCAGAAGCGACAGGCCAGCAUAAAGUAGUCUCUAAAGUCAUUCCUGAAGCAACCACAGGAAUAAGAGAGCCUGUAGAGGAUAAAGGUGGCUCUCUGUCAGUGGGGCCUCUGGCUAGCCAAGUGGUGGACACCGGCUCUCUUCUUGCCGUGUUUCUCUUUGGCCUUCUUUUCUUUCUCGUUAGUGUCGGCCUUUUCAUUUCACAAGCUUACGAAAGUUACAAAAAGAAGGAUUAUACACAAGUGGACUACUUAAUUAAUGGUAUGUAUGUGGAUUCUGGAGUGUGAGUGCCAGGCAGAAGCCUUGAACAACGACCAAAAGCAGACUCCGGCCAGGGUGCUCAUUGUGAUCACAGUUUUCCUUGUGCUUCCAUACUCGGAGUCUCUGAAGCCUGGGACAGUCCCAUUGGGAUUGUCCACUUCCUUGCAUAAGCCAUACCGUUUUUUUUUUCUAAUAACUUAAAUAAAUUUUGCAUUAUUGACAUACAAUGGGACAUACGGUAACUUGCACACGGAUUAUUUUUUCAGAAGCCUUUUCACAAAAGGAAGAUGUUGCUCUUAUGUGAUUUGCAUUUAAAGCGUUAAAAUGAAUUAACUUUGUCAAUUUACGUAUUUGCAGGAACUUCAAGACCGUAAACUAACGUGCCAACUGCAGUAAGUCGCCAAGGGUUUGUUACUGAAAAAAUUAAUAAUGGUAAAAUACGUUGUAUUUUGCAAUAAAAAGAUAACAAAUGUGCCAGA